UUCGAAGCUCGCCUACGCCCUAGAAGACUGAGUGGUUCACCAUUUUGGAAGAAUAAAUUCGGUAGUUUCAGUGGACUCGUAGCUCCAUUCGGGGCUCGAGUAGUGAAAAGGACAACUAUAGUUCCUUUUGACGCCAUCGCUGGCUUAGGUUGUGACGAUCGAAGGCAAUUUGUUCUUUCAAGAUGACGUGCUGUAUGAGUGAAGAGCAGAAGGAGAUCAGGCGAAUCAACGCCGAGAUCGAAAAACAACUAAGGCAGGAUAAAAAGAAUCAAAGAAGAGAACUGAAACUACUCUUACUCGGAACUGGAGAAUCAGGCAAAAGUACCUUCAUAAAGCAGAUGAGAAUUAUUCACGGGCAGGGAUACAGUGAUGAAGAUAAACUGGGCUAUGUGGCUUUGGUAUAUCAGAAUGUUAUAACUGCCAUACAGUCUUUAACGUUAGCGAUGGAAUCCUUGAAAAUAGCGUACAGAAAUCCAGCAAAUUCGGAGCAUGCAAAGACCAUGCGAGAGGUUGACCCCAAAAAUGUUACUACCUUCGAACACGACUAUUACAUAGCUACCAGAUCUCUCUGGAGCGAUCAAGGCAUGCAAGAAUGUUAUGACAGAAGAAGAGAGUACCAACUUAGCGACUCUGCGAAAUAUUAUCUAACGGACUUAGAUCGACUUGCCAGGCCCGAUUACCUUCCGACAGAACAAGACGUUCUGCGGGCUCGUGCUCCUACCUCUGGGAUCAUUGAAUACCCGUUUGAUCUCGAAACGAUAAUUUUUAGAAUGGUUGAUGUUGGAGGUCAGCGGUCCGAGAGAAGGAAGUGGAUUCACUGCUUUGAGAAUGUGACAUCAAUUAUGUUUCUUGUGGCUCUCAGUGAAUAUGACCAAGUCCUUGUAGAAUCAGCCAAUGAGAAUCGCAUGGAGGAAAGCAAAGCGUUAUUUCGUACUAUUAUCACAUACCCAUGGUUUCAGAACUCUUCCAUCAUAUUAUUUUUAAACAAGAAGGAUUUGUUGGAAGAGAAAAUUAUGUUUUCGCAUUUGGUGGAAUAUUUCCCUGAAUUUGAUGGACCCCAGUGUGAUGCACAGGCAGCACGUGAGUUCAUUCUUAAAAUGUUUGUGGACCUGAAUCCAGAUUCAGAUAAGAUAAUAUACUCCCACUUCACAUGUGCCACAGAUACAGAAAAUAUCCGGUUUGUAUUUGCGGCUGUAAAGGAUACAAUACUGCAGUUAAACCUAAAAGAGUAUAAUCUAGUUUGAAUAGAGUUGGUAAGAGAUCUUAUAAUCUGAAUUAAAGAUAAGAAGGCAAGUAGGCUUUGAGAGAUUCAACUUGGGAAUGAAAACUGUAGAAAAUCACAAAAUGGUUGAAUAGAGAUUCCUUUAUUUAAGAUUACUUGUCUUCAGCUGAUUCUAAGUGAAGUGCUUUUGUGUACAAAAUACUCUAAAACAAAAGUUUCUGUGUGAGAAUAUAACUAGGAUUCAAGCUGUGAAGACAAGUACAGCACUGUGAAUUGUUUCCAGUAUAUUUCAACACAGUUGAACAUUGUGUAAUUUGAAGGUAGUUAAGCAACUGGAAAUAUUUUCCAAAGUGUUAGAUAUAUAGCUAGAAAGUGUCUUGAAUAAGGAAAAAGAAACAUUAGUUUGGCUGUUAAGUUUUCACCAAGGCUACUUCCACCUCCCUCUCCCUAGUUUUGCCUCUUGGAUCAACAGUUAUGUUGUUUUUCGUAAGAGUGGGGACAAUUUCUUGUUUGUUCCAUCCUGCAAAAGAAUUUUGUAUUGUUAGCCUAAAGGAAAAAUAAACUGUUUUCUUUUACUAGUCUUUCUUUUGCAAGCUUUUGAAAAGAUAUUUACAAUGUUCACUUCCAGAGAUUUUGGUGAGAAAAGUAUUAAUUACUUGCCUUCAAUUGGCCAUAAACAAAGUGUAUAUGAUAUCCAUAAUUUAACUGCUAAUCUUCAUCAUAUUGAACACCCUUCUUGUGUAUUUGCUUUCUGGGUAAGCUGGCUUCAGCCUGGAUUUCUUGAACUCUUUUGCCUCUCUUUUGUCACUUUAUGAUUCUUUCAACUGAAUUGCUGAGGAGGUUAGUUUUUCAUUAUUGAUAAGGUGUCUUGGGAUUUGUCAUCUCAUCAUGGACUCUACAACCUUCUUUCCUUUGUGGUCCUGGGGCAUUUAGUAUCAUUAUUUUUACCAAUGAACUGCAAGGCUUAAUAGAAAAGUAAUUGUGUCUCAUCAUUUUAAAAGUAGAAGCAAGAAAUUAAAUUACUAAUUACAUGGUUUGGCUGCAUCCCUGUGUGAAGAAUUAGUAUAAAAUACUCCUUAGUUAGAGAGGAGACAAACUUAUUAACCUAAAGUAGCCAUGUAAAGUUCAUAAUGGUGAAAGUAGUAUUCUAAAUGAAUAGUUUAAGAAAAACUACUAAAGUCGCUAAAAAACAAGGAAACAUUUCUACAGUAGGUAUGUAAUAAAAUUUCCUCAAUGAAAACUACAUAUAGACCCUUAGAGAGAUAAUCAACAUCUAGUAAACAACUUUUGUUAAACCUUGAGUUGCUUCUCCUGGUAUUAUUGCUAAUUAUGAUAUCUUCAGAUGUAAAUCAAGAGGAAAAGCAGUCAGUAAGUUGCCAACAAGUAAAAAUCUUCUUUUGGA